AUGUGCCACCCCGUAGAUCAUAAAAGACAUUCAGGAGUUACCAUUUCCGUCUACCCUAAAAGCAGCCUGAAUUACUACCACAAAUUUAUUGACGAUUACGCCGUGGUACAUGUAGCUGCUUCACUCUAUGAGUUGACCGAUGAUCAAGUGCGUGCAGGGCGAGACUUGUCUGAAGCGAUGAAAUUCUUUGAGAUCCUGAAGAGGAAGAUUGUGUCUACACCUCUACUCAGACACCCGGAUCGGACGAAGCUUUUUGUGAUCAUCCCUCAUGCAAAUCAGUGGGCGGUUUUCGCAGUUCUAGGACAGAUGCAUGACGGGGUUGUUCAACCCGUUCGUUACACGGGGCGUGUCCUGAGCGACGCCGAGGUCAAGUAUCAUAUUGCUAAGAAGGAAGUCCUUGCUGUAAUGCGAGUUCUCCAUGUGUUCAAGAACCUGAUCGAAGGAUGUCCGCUAAUAAUCUACACUCGACAUUCAGUGUUGAAGUGGGUCAUCAAUUCCAAGACAGCCGAAUGCCGUCUGGUGCCUUGGGGCGUCGCUCUCUCACAAUAUGACUUGGAAAUUUGGAAGGUCAGUCGAGAUGAGGAUGACUUAGCCGCCAUUAUGGGUGCAAGUAUCACUUCCAGGGAGCACUUGAAUAAAGUCGCCGAAGCACUCAUUCCAGCCAUGGGGCACGUCAAACCGCCUCCAGUCGUGAGUGUCGAAAUGCUUUCAGAAGCGUACUCCGGGGUAGUCCUGAGUUUCGAUGGUGCAGCCAAAGUUUCAACAAGGAAAGGCAAUUGCGUAUGUAUUCUGUGGCAGCUACCUGAAUGGAAGGAUUUGGAUAUCCGAGGAUACAUGCUGAAUGGAGUCACCGUCAACGACGCGUAA